AUGGUUAUAACGAGAAGUGCAGCAAAAGCAAUCGCUCUGAAAGAAGCUCAAGCUAAAGACGGAGAAAACGACGCCCAAAACGGGAACAAAAGACGCUCACUUGCGCAAACAAAGACGAAUCGUGUAAAGGCCACCAAGCGAAACAGUAUUCGUAUACCGUGGAAAACCACGAAUUUGGAUGAUCAAGUUUCAAGGAAGAAGCAGCAAAAAAGAAGUUCGUUGUAUUCCUUGAAGAAUCCAACAAAAUCGCGCACGAAGCAACCGAAACCGAAGCCAACGAAAAACCGAAUGCGGGAGAAAAUCAAUGAAAGAGGAUGUGUCGAUAACGCUUCUGGAACCGCACAAAAUAACUCCAAAUCUGCACGCUUGAAUGCUUCUCACAAAAGUGAAAAAAGAAAAUCAAGAAAAAGUUAUUGUCCUAAUCAGUAUAAGGAACGGUGUUGUUCGCGCUCUAAAUCAUCCAGUGUUAAUGAACAUACUCAGCACGAAUCUGGCGAUAAGUCGUCGGAUUCACUACCAAAACAUGUUCGAGUGGCAUUAACGUGUGGAGUGAUUAAGGCGAUUGCAGAGAAAUUAAGAGAUUACGAGGAUAAUGAACGGAUAGUCGAAAUUUACAUAUCUUCAUCUGAUAUUAAGCCGCUACAUAAAAUUCUACUGAAACCGUCAACUGUUCAGGCCACUAAUUUACCAGACGACGCACUUUUCAUAAGGCAACCGGGCAAUGAUAUUGGUGAACCGUUGGCGCUAUCAACGCCGCGAAUCAGAAACCGAACUCCUCAGUCAGCCUUUAACUGA